AUGCGGGGCGUCCAGAUAUUUUCGGGGAAUUCUCACCCCCGUCUCGCAGAGACUAUCUGCGAGCGCUUAGGCACUGUGCCCGCCAAAGCUAACCUAGGAAAAUUUGCCAAUGGCGAGACCAGUGUCGAGAUCGGUACCUCAGUUCGGAACCAGGAUGUUUACAUCAUUCAAAGUGGCAGCGAGAAGAUUAACGAUAGUGUUAUGGAGCUCCUGAUUAUGAUCUCAGCGUGCAAGGGUGGCUCAGCGAAGUCCAUUACAGCGGUCAUGCCAUAUUUCCCAUACUCGCGCCAAUCUAAGAAGAAGAGUCAUCGUGGUGCUAUCACGGCCCGCAUGCUCGCCAAUCUCCUCACGAUCGCCGGCGUGGACCAUGUGAUCACCAUGGACCUGCACGCAUCCCAGAUGCAAGGAUUCUUCGGAAAGCCAGUCGACAACCUCUUUGCCGAACCCUUCAUUGCCCGCUGGCUCCGCAUGAAUGUUCCCUCCUGGAAAGACGCUGUGGUGGUUAGCAAGAAUGCUGGCGGAACCAAGCGAGUCACAUCGCUGGCUGAUACUCUGAAGCUCAACUUCGGUAUCGUGACGACAGAUCGUCGACGCACGAAGGUCCCCGUGGCCACUAUGACUGACAGCACAGUCUUCUUCGAUGCCGUGGAUGAUGAUCCCAUCUCGAGCAAGGACGUACAGCCUUUCGAGCUUCAUAUGCAAGGUUCUAACAGAGCACCUGCCACACCUCCCAUUCCGGAAGAGCCGGAGCCAAUCACUCCUCCUCCUGUGCCAUAUUUUCUGCGCCCGGAAACCCCACCUGCGGCUCGCCGUCUAUCGGAGCUGGAAGCAGCAUACGAGUACACGGACGUCCGUGUGCGGGAUGUUAUCACCGGUCGUCUGGUGCAGGGCCAUUUGGUUGAUGAUGAUUAUCGUAUCAGCGAAGAAUUACAGUCUGGCGGCACCACACCGGGAGCUGGCAGCAGUACCAAUGACAACUUAGAGGCUAUUCCUGAUGCUAUGGUUAACUCCAUAAUCUCCAACAUCUCGUCGCAGCCUCCUGAUCAUGCCCUCGGUGGCUCCUUUGACGCAGUUGAGUCUGACGACGAAGCUAGUGUCUGCGAGGGCCAGGUCGAUGAAAGGACCAUCACGCUGGUGGGUGAGGUGCGCGACCGAGCUGUCUUCCUUGUCGAUGACAUGAUUGACAAGAGCGGAUCGUGGAUCGCGGCUGCAGAGACCGUCGUCAAGCGCGGUGGAGCCAACAAGGUUUACUGUAUUGCCACCCACGGUCUGUUCGGGGAGAACUCCUUAGAUCAGAUGGAAGCUUGUCGCUCAAUCGACCACAUUGUCGUGACCAACACGUUCCCGAUCUCACCGUUGAUGUUGCGGAGAUCAAAAAAGUUGAUUGUUAUUGAUGUCUCGAGUCUAUUGGCAGAGAGCAUCCGGAGACACCAUUAUGGCGAAAGCGUCUCGGCUCUCUUCCACCUUAACGACUGA